UAAACUCAAAUUCAAAUUGUUCAAAUGUCAAUCAAAAUAAGUUUGGUUAAUUUAAAAAUUGAGAAAUCUCAAAUAUUGAAUUCAUUACAGUAGUGAGUAGAUUGAAAAUUAAUUCACAUAACACGAGACAUUAGCCUUAGAUAAGAAAAACUUUUUCUAUAUUGGUAUUUUAUUGAAUUUCGAAGCAUGGAAUUCAUUGAAGCAAUACCGGUUACUUUCAAAGAAAUUACUCCAAAUCACAAUAUUCCAGAAAAAUGGAAAGAAGUGAUCUUAAAUACAGGUGGUACACAUAGUACACUACAAGAUAUCAAACUUCCUCAGAAAGCCGGUGGUUACUGGUACAGGGACUCCAAAAAGGCAAACACAAGAAAUCGAUUCAUAUAUUGGCAAACAACCUCUGAUUCCAUAGAACUAUCAGAAGCUUCCUUAGAUGUGAAUCUGGCUGGAUGUAACUUAAGAUGCAAAGUAGCACCAGGGACACCACCUUUGAAUAACUUAGCAUUUUAUGAGAGAACAGCUUCACAGCAAAUUGUUAUGCUAGCAGCUACUGUUUCAUCAGUGCAUAGACUGGUGUUCCCUCAUCCUGAUGUUUUGGACUUCAGGUUGGAUAGAAAGUCAGCUAUUGGAUCAAUGGGCAAUAUGACACCAUCAAUAUUUAUUGAUACAAGUGCAGUAAACAAUCCUAACAAUUAUUACAUUCUCAAUCAAUAUUCAAACACAAACACUGGGGUAGCACAUUCUUGCGCUUCCUUACUGCGAGACAAUGGAGAGGCGGUAUUUGCCUUGGCAUUUGGUUACGGAGGGGAAGGAGGCCUGCUGCUAGUCAAGCUGCCAGUCACUGGCUCCGCAGUCACCACAUUACUGAAACGGGAAUCUACAGUGCCUCGAUUCUUGCAUGGAAUUACUGGAGCAUUGAGAGGAAAAAGCGAUGGUGUAGACACAUACGGCGUGGUGCUCAUCAAUGGUUUGGCGGUCGCGGUGUGCGGCGACACUUGUCUACGCGCGUGGCUGCUGGACGACGGCGGCGCGCCCACCGCAGUCUCCGCGCCGCUGUCACAGACACUAGAUAGACCUAAAUCUCCUCCACAUGGCCACAUGCUGCAAUAUGCAACUGCAUUGGACGGAAGUAUCUUGCUGGUGGCAUUCCUCUCUUUCCCCAAUGAAUGUGAAUUUAUGGUGAUGAAAAUGCACGAUGGAGGCGCCGGUGCCGUCAAAUUCUCACAGAUAUGUCACAUAUUUGGACCUCAGCUGGACCUCCUGGAUUACUCAAUUGGUUAUGGGGAAGGUAGCCACGUUAUUUGGGCGCUUUGGACGCAGCCGGACGGUGACGCUGUUGUGACAAGCAGCGCGAUCGGCGCAGAGGCGAGCUGGCGCGCGGUGGCGGCGCGCGAGGCGCCAGGCGCGCUGCCGCAGCUGGCGUCGCACCAGCAGUACCGCGACCGCCUGCUCGCGCCGGGCCUGUUCCCUCAGGCUCUCGUCAAAAAGGCUCUCGUGAUAUACCGUCGGACCUGGGGCGGUGCCGAGACGGGAGUGGACGGCGACCUGAGGGAGUCCUGCAUGGACGCCGUACAGGCGCGCAUGCGCAACCUCGCUGCACGCUCCACUACGCUCGACCAUUCACAACUCAUGCAUAAGUGCUGGUCUGAUUUGUACAGCUGGUGCAUGCAGUACAUGGAAGGGUUGCAGAAACCACUCGGUCUUAUGGUGUCAAAACAUUGCGGCGAAGCGGAGAGCGGCUGGUGGUGCGCGGUGGUGCGGCGCUCGGGCGUGUCGCUGGUGCGGCAGCUGGAGCCGCUCGAGCGCAUCAUGCUAUCGCCCGAGCCUGAAGACACGCUGCCCGACGCGCGUGCAACUAUGGGUGAUACAGGUGAGCUGUCGGCGGAUGCGGUCCGGGUGGUGGUGGCGGGCGCGCGCUGGGAGCGAGCGGCCACCACGGCGGGCGCGGCCGACCUGGAGCGGCGCCUGUUCGCGUGUGCGGCGCCACAGCACCGCCUGCUGCCGCGCCUGCUGCAUCUGUUGCUCGCCGCCACGCCGCAGGAUCACCCCGCACCGACUUUGUCACCUGAGCAGAUUGAUGAAAUCACAUCCAUUUUGGAGCCUAUCAAAGAUUUACAAAAUGCUGUCCUGGAGUUAAAUGAUGCUUUAAGAUUGGAUGUUCCCGAAAUUGAUACUUGUAAAAGUGAUGAUGAAGAAACAAGCGAGUAUGACAACUUGUUUGCUAGUGAUUUGGGAGUAGCUAUUGUUACUGAAGCAAUACGUCAAAUGGCUGAAAUGAGAUCGCGCGUAGUGCGCGGGGCGCUGGCCGCGCUGGGCGUGGCGCGCGGCGCGGGUGGCGUGCCGGGCGCGGGUCACUGCGCCGUGCACUGGCAGGCCUACCGCGCGCUGCUGUGGCUGAGAGCAGCGACGUUGCAGCGCCCUGCGGCGGGCUCAUCGGACGUGUUUCGGCUGAAGUUGACGGCGCUGGGCGGCGAGAGCGCGGAGGCGAGCGCGGCGGAGGGCACAAGCGGCGCGGCGGCGGCCUACGCGGCGGCGGCGGGCGGGCGGCGCGCUCGGCGGCACCUCGCGGCCGCGCGCGCCCCUACGCACUGGCACCAGGCGCUCCCGCUCAUGGCGUACCACCUCGCGCACCAACUUUGGGCUGUGAGCGGCGGAUUUGAGUUUGGCUGGUGGCUAGCCUCCAUAAACCAGCCGCGUCUCGUGCAAAGCUACGUGGCUCUUUUGGAACCCUGGUGCGAAUGGAAUGCUUGUUCGCGCCAGUUUAUCCUGGGCCUGGCUCUGCUGGAGCUAGAGGACGCGGAGGGCGCGUACACGGCGUUCUGCCGCGCCGCCAAGGGCGUCAGCACGGAGCCCUUCCUGCGCAGCCUGGUGGCCGCGCCCGACGCCCGCCUCACGCAGCACCAGGCUCUCGUCCUUUACUACAUGAAGGUGAUAAAACUGUUCGAGAUACACGACGCUGGCGCAUGCGUCGUCAGACUGGCCGAGACGGCCAUCAGCAUCGCCGAUAAGGAUGAUCCUAACUUGGCGAUGUUCCAGUGGGUAGUGUUCAAGUGGCACCUAUCAGGCGGGCGCGUGUCGCGCGCGCUCAGCGCCGCGGCCGCCAACCCCGCACCGCACGCGCGCGCCGCCGCCGCCGCCACGCUCCUCACUACGCUCGCGGAGCGCAAACAGCUGGACGCGUUGGUGUCGUGCGGCGCGCUGGCGGCCGAGGCGGAGCGCGCGGCGGCCACGCGCGCCAAGCUGCACGACCCGCACCCGCACAACCCCUACUACGACUUCCUCUACGCGCUGCACCUCUCCCGGCAUCAUUACAGAAAAGCGGCUGUGGUGAUGUACGAGCGAGCCGCGCGGUGCGCGUCGGAGCGCGGUGGCGCGGCGUGGCGGCGCCGCUGCCUGGCGGCCGCUGUCACAUGUCUGCGUCUGGCCGCGCCCGAGCACGCCUUCCUCGCCAAGUCCUCCGCGCCCAGAGCGCUGCAGGUGAUUGGUCCAGAAGAAUUGGCCGCCGAGCUGCGUCAAGAAGUACCGGAAGCCUUGGAUUCAGUUCAACAAGCGCUACUUAAAACUGACAAAAUAGACUUUGAAAAUUUAUAUCCAAAAUUGAAAGAGGCAGAUGCGGAAACCCUAUUGGCUGUAACCAAGAGAGCAAUCAGCACUAGCCAGUUUCUACCUAAAUGGUUCCUCAACAGAUUUAUGGCGGUAGAGGGCAGCCUGUGCGUGCGCGCUUUGCUGAGCGGCGGGCGCGCGCUGGAGGCGGGUGAGCUUUGCUGUGAGGCGCUGCGCCGCGCCGCACUGGAACUAUGUCCGCCCACACCCGCACCGCGCGCCGCGCCGCUUGCGCUGGCCGACCUGCUGCUGAGCGAGCUGCCCCACCACGCGCACCAUCCCCACAUCCAACAGGUGUAUAAUGACCUGAAAUCUCUUGUGGAGGAAUACAUGAAAAUAGUAAUACGCACAUCAGAGGACAUGAAGUUGGCGCAAAUUAAAACUCGAUAAUAAAUCAAAAUUGUAAUUGUUUAUUUCUUUCCUUAAAUAAGAAUAAAAUAAUUGUCAUUUCAAAUUGCAGAUUAUUAACCUUGAACCCUUUCUCCAUCACCAUUUGUUUACAGUUUACACCACCUGCACCCCAAUACAAUUUAAUUUAUUCAAAUAAAUAAUAAUUAACAUUAAGUUGCUAGUUUGGUCAUGUAUUUGGCUUUUAUCACAGUAUAACAUAAAGGCGAUAAUUAAAAAAAAAAAGAUAUGAGCUCAUAUCUACAUUCUAUUCAUUUUUGAUCAAUCAUCUUUAUAACCGUUUCAUAAUCAGCAUAGCUUAUUUA